CCACCGCCGGAAUGUUUUCAACAGAGUUGAGCGUUGACUUUUAUGUACUCUUCAUCACCCAUCAACAGUAUCCUCAUUUUCUUCUUUGUUAAAAAGCAGUAUGUCUCAUCUUCCUUUUGUCGCUCCUCCUUCCUCUCCAAGUUCCGGACCCCAAUGGAUCUACGACGUUUUCAUCAAUUUCAGAGGAAAAGACACUCGUGCCAAUUUCGUUUCUCAUCUCUAUGCCGCACUCUCAAACACUGGAAUCAACGCUUUUCUUGACGAUCACAAUCUUCAAAAGGGAAAGAAACUUAGACCAGAAUUAGUGCGAGCAAUUCAAGGUUCUCAGAUAUCCAUCGUUGUUUUCUCCCAAAACUACGUUAAAUCUAAUUGGUGUCUUGAUGAACUCAAACUAAUCAUGCAAUGCCACGCUAUGGGUCAUCAGCUUGUUAUGCCUGUAUUUUGCGGGAUUACCCCUUCGGAUAUACGUCGAUAUACUGACAAAACUAUUGCACGAACACUCACCGACGCUUCUCAUUUGGCUGGUUGGGAUAUGAAAAAUUACAGUAAUGAAAGCAGUGUUGUGAAGGAAAUUGUGGCCCAUGUUUUGAGAAAACUAGACAAAAGAUACUUACCUGUCCCAGAUUUUCCAGUUGGACUAGAAUCCCGUGCGGAACAGUUGAUUCGGUUUUUAAGACAGAAUACAAGAGGAGUUUGUUUAGCAGGGAUUUGGGGAAUGGGAGGGAUUGGGAAAAGCACCAUUGCUAAAGUUGUCUACAAUAAACUCUAUUCUGAAUUUGAAGAUCAGAGCUUCCUUGCUAGUAUUAGAGAAGUUUGGGAGAGAGAUAGGGGGCGAAUCGAUUUACAAGAACAACUUCUUUCAGAUAUCCUCAAAACAAGAAAUAUAAAGGUGCAUAAUAUUGAGUGGGGAAAAGCUAUGAUCAAUGAAAGACUUUGCACAAAACAGGUACUUGUUGUACUCGAUGAUGUGAGUACGCGUGAGCAAUUAAAUGCACUAUGUGGAAGUCGAAAUGGGAUUGGUCCAGGAAGUAUAAUAAUCAUCACAACAAGAGACGUGCGUCUACUUGAUUUUCUUGGAGUUGACUUUGUUUAUGAAGCGGAAGGAUUGAAUGCACGGGAGUCCCUUGAGCUUUUCAGUCGGCACGCGUUUAGGGAGGCGAGUCCAACUGAAGGUUUCUUUAGUCUCUCGGGAGAUGUAGUUUCCUAUUGUGGUGGACUACCAUUAGCUCUUGAAGUCCUUGGAUCUUAUUUGUUCAAGAGGAGAAAACAAGACUGGAAAAGUGUAUUAUCAAAGCUAGAAAAGAUUCCCAAUGAUGAAAUACAUGAGAAACUAAAAAUAAGCUUCGAUGGUUUAGAGGAUCGCAUGGAAAAGGAUAUAUUUCUUGAUGUGUGUUGUUUCUUUAUCGGUAAGGACAAAGCUUAUGUUACAGAGAUACUAAAUGGUUGUGGACUUCAUGCUGAUAUUGGAAUAACAUUGCUGAUAGAAAGAAGCCUCAUAAAAGUUGAAAAGAAUAAUAAGCUUGGCAUGCAUUCUUUGCUACGAGACAUGGGUAGAGAAAUUGUUCGUGAAAGUUCACCUGAAGAGCCUGAGAAGCGUAGUCGAUUGUGGUGUCAUGAGGAUGUAGUUGAUGUAUUGACUGACCAUACCGGAACAAAAGCCAUUGAAGGAUUGGUUAUAAAGUUGCAAAUGACCAGUAGCCUUUGCUUCGAUACUAUUGCUUUUGAGAAAAUGAAGAGAUUGAGAUUGUUGCAACUUGAUCAUGUACAACUCAUUGGAGAUUAUGAGUGUUUUCCGAAGCACCUGAGAUGGCUUUCUUGGCAAGGGUUUCCUUUAAAAUACACGCCAGAAAACUUUAAUCAGAAAAAUCUAGUUGCUAUGGACUUAAAACACAGUAAUCUCACACAAGUUUGGAAGAAGCCUCAGUUGUUGCAGAUGCUAAAAAUUAUCAAUCUCAGUCAUUCUAAGUACUUAAAAAGAACCCCUGACUUUUCAUUCUUGCCGAACCUAGAAAAUCUCAUUAUGAAGGAUUGUCGAAAUUUGUCCAAGGUGCACUCAUCCAUUGGAGAUCUCAAGAAUCUUCUUUUGAUAAACUUGAAGGACUGUACAAGCCUUAGCAAUCUCCCUAGAGAGAUAUAUCAACUGACAUCAGUGAAAACUCUCAUCCUUUCCGGUUGUUCAAAGAUUGACAAGUUGGAAGAAGACGUGGGGCAGAUGGAAUCCUUGACAACACUGAUUGCAAAAGAUACAUCCGUAAAAGAAGUUCCCCAUUCAAUACUACGAUUAAAAAGUAUUGGAUAUAUAUCCCUAUGUGGAUACCAAGGAUUAUCACGUGAUGUUUUUCCAUCUCUCAUUAGGUCUUGGAUGUCACCAACAAUGGAUUCCUUAACUCACGUUCCUCCUUUUGGUGGCUUGUCAAUGUCUCUUAUUUCCCUGAACUUAGAGACUAGUAAUUUGGGUUUGGUCUAUCAAUCAGAAAUACUUAGCAGCUGUUCAAAACUAAGAAGUUUUUCUGUACAAUUUGAUUCAGAGAUUCAACUGAAAGAAGAAUUCCGAAAACUUCUUGAUGAUCUAUAUGGUGCAGGUCUUACUGAACUGGGAACAUCACAUGCAUCACAAAUUUCAGAUCUUUCCUUGAGAUCUGUUUUGAUUGGAAUCGGAAGCUGCCACAUUGUCAUGGAUACUCUUGAGAAGAGCUUAUCACAGGGAUUAGCAACCGAUUCUAGUGAUUCGUUCCUUCCAAGUGACAAUUAUCCUUUUUGGUUAACGUAUAAAGGUGAAGGAUCUUCGGUACUUUUUCAAGUGCCUGGGGAUAGUGGUGGUUGUUGCAUGAAAGGAAUAACUUUGUGUGUUCUUUAUUCAUCAACACCUGAAAACUUGGGAACCGAAUGUCUCAUUAGUGUCUUGAUCAUUAAUUACACAAACUUCACUAUCCAUAUUUACAAACAAGACACCGUUAUGUCGUUUAAUGAUGAAGAUUGGCAAAGCAUGGUAUUAAAUUUAGGAGUUGGUGACAAUGUGGAGAUUGUUAUAGCUAUUGGGAAUGGAUUGAUUGUUAAGGAGACAACUGUCUAUCUAAUAUAUGAUCCUUCAAAUGGUAUUGAAAUUGAGCCAUCAAAUAUUAUGGAGGUCGACCCAUUGACCGACACAAAAAUAGAGUCAUUACAAGAAGUGGAAGUGCAACCAUCACCUAAUGCGAGAACGGAGCCAUCAUCUGAAGUGGCACUGCAACUAUCACCUAAAAUAAAAAUGGAACCAUUACCGAAAACAAAUAGAAAAAUCUUUACAAGACUUGCAAAGAAAGUGGGAGAAUGUUUAUGCUUGAACCAGAAUUGAGUUCUCAACAAUUUUUUAUUGGCAAGCCUAUUGUCCUAAUAUAGAGCUCUCUUGAGAUCUCCACAAUUCAAUUCCAUGAAUGUGCUUCUUUGAGGAACAACUUGGGAGAUGAAUUCAUAGCUAAUUCUAGUCAUUUGCGUAAUAGUUUCAGUUAUGAAAUGUAUUAUAUUUAAGCAUUAAGAAUAGAAAGUAUAUAUUGUCUUCAAGCAUCAUUGAGUCAAUGAGUAUUCCUAGUCUAAAGACAAAAGGAUUCUUAAACUCAAACAUUUAAAGAUUAAACUUCCAUUCAACCAACUAAUCAUAAAUCAUUCUAAAGUUGAUCAAGUGAUAGAAAUCAUUAAGCAAAGAGAUAAGAACACGACUUAUAAAGGUUGAUUCAAAUAGUUGAAUAAUAUAGAAUGAUCGAUCAGCUUGGAUUUUACAAUAAAAUCGUGCAUAUUUCAAUACUGUUGUGCACCAAAUAUAGAAUGUGUCAGCACACUGUCUAUUGAUAAACAUGGUACUGAUGCUAUUGUUGAAGGGUGAACUGCGCUUGAAGAAAUAUGCAAUUGUUGAAGUGACAAUGUCUAAUGUGGUUUCAAAACUUACCAGUACUAUGUCACAUUGUCACUUAGUUGAAGGAUGUUUAUGAUUCUGAUAUGAUUAAAAUGCACCGCUAAGAUUGACGCUUUUGAGUCAUAUAGCUGUUAAGUUGCUAAUGUUAAAGUCAAUUCUUAGUUUAAGAUUGCUUGUAUAGUUUACAGAUGGGGUGUUUGUAUGGUGUUAUUGUCAUUUUGGAUUUUUGAGCUGAAGCCUUACAUUGUUAUCUAAGGUUCUACAUAUUUUAUGGUUUUUGUGUGAUCCACUUUGUUUAGAAACAAUAUAAUACUACCAUUUUCCCCUGUAUUUUGUCGAACGAAUUUGGUAAAUCAGCCACUGAUUUUUUGAAGGAUCUCUCUGAUUGGAUUUUGAAAAUUUGCUUUAGAGUAUGAAAUUUGUUGUUAAAACGAUUUACAACACAUAAGUUAAUCCUCUUUGGUUGUGCAGAUUUUUAACUGGAGAAAAAUUAUUGCCUCCACCACUUAGUUACUUACCUUCGUGUUUAUGUCAUGGCAACUAUCUAGCUGUUGUGAUCUAUAUAUGCAUGAAUGCUGAUGGAAAUGUAGCUACAAUCAAUCUGAAAGGUGUGGCCAUAGGUGACUCCUGGAUUAUUACAUGUGUGUAUUAAUUGGAUCAUCGAGUAAAGGAAUUGAGAGUGUCUCUUGAAUUGAUUUUUGAAUUGGUGAUAUACGCAGUUUCAAAAUGCAUGAUUUAGUACAUGAUCUUGCAAUUAUCCGGAAGUGACUGUUGUUAUUUGGAUAGUGCAACAAAAGUACAUGUACUACGAAGUCCCAUGCAUGUUAUGUUGAAAAGUGAUGCUAUUAGUUUGCUGGAGUCAUUGGAUGCAAGUAGGACAUGAACUUUAAUUUAGCUGUCUAACUUUUCAGAGAGUUGGAAUGAGAAGGAAUUGUUUGUCAUUUCAAAAUUCAAAAACUUGCGUGUAUUGAAGCUAUCACAUUGUUCUUUAAGUAAGUUGUGUGAUUCAAUUGGAAAAUUGAAGCACUUAAGAUAUCUUCAUUUUACGGUAUU